CUGGGCGAUGACCGGACUUGUGUAACUCGGAGGUGGUGGUGCUGCUCUCGUCGUAGGGUAAUAUUGCUGCUCGUCCAGGGCCCUUGAAUGGUCAUAUCGAGGAAAUAUAGAGCGCAUCGGAGAUGGGUAGCUUGAGCUUCGUGGACUUUGAGAGAGCGACUUGCCAUGUUCAGACUGAGGUGAAGCUGUUUUGAAGCGAAGCUUGUCAGGCAAAGGAGAUACCGCGUCCUUCUUCUCGUCCACUGGUGAGGCAAACUCGAUGGCUCGGGACACUUGCGUUGAUAUGUCGUUGGGCUUGCUUGGCCGCUUUAGCAAAGAUCGAGAUCGCUUUGGGGACGUGCUGGAUCCGAAAUGGGUGUUUAGUGGCAGCUCGGUCAAUUGGUCGCCUCCUGGUGAGACAGGAUCUGCAAUGGAUGGCAUUGGCGUUGACAACGGACUUGAGCGUCUCCUGGUCCUUGACUGGCUUCUGACCAGAUCAUCGGUCACUGAUGUCGUAGCUUUAGCAUGAGAAUUCGUACUGCCGGUUGUAGGCGGAUCGCAGAAAAGAGAAUGCUGGAAAGUCUCCGGCGCAGGCUGGACUUUGGGUGAGCUGACCACUUGAAAGGCAACUCCAUCCAGCAGCAUCUGUCCAUUUGCAUUUGGUGCCUUGUCCGUUUGCAGUCGCCUCAGACUUGAUCUGCGAGAUACACCAGCAGUACUUUGCGUGUUGGGGAAAAGUGUCAAAUGAGCGGGCGCCAUGGUUCCAGACCAGACCAGGUAAUUACUUAAGAAAUACGGAAACAAGUGUUUUAAAUCGACCAAUACGGACCGCACAGCGGGAUGAG